AUGGGUAUUACGCACGGCCUGGCGAAUAUGAGUAUCGCGCUCGCAGAACUGACAACAAAACUUCCAUCUACAUCAGAGACUCCUUGCGCGCGAGGUGAAGAUAGACGUCAUGCCCGUCGGGAAAUGCCAUUCAUAUUCGACGAACUGUUCGGUCAUACCACCCAGUUCAUCAACCUGGUCAAACAUUUGCUUGUCGACCGGGAGCUCCAAAACGAAGCGACCGCUCUCAUGGUCGGGUCUUGUCACUCGCGACUGGCAGAGACGUACGGGACUAUCUUUUCUCUCAUCCAGCGCUGCAUCCAGCACUCUCUGCCGCCAGUGUGUCUGGACUGGACCGUUGUUCUCCCACAAGUGCAGCUGGGCUCGCUCACCUCCAAUGCGAUGCGCGUGGACGCUCAAACACAGCUGUCGCCCGGGAAAACAACCAUGUACAUGUUGAUGAUUACGGUGUUUUCCUCGCAACUGUGGACACAACUGAUUGAGGUGGUCCGCGGCCAGCACCCGAUGCCUGUUGUGGCCUCUGGGGCGACGUCGUUGGCACACACUGUGUGGACAGAGAUGAUGGACCGGGUGGAUGGGUUGUUGCAGACUAUUGAGCGGACCCAGAGCUUGCUUCGUUAG